AGUGCAGCAUCAUUUGAGCCCAGACGUAGCAGACGCUCCACCGAGGCUGCGAUGUGAACGGGAUCAAACAGACGCGUUAUUCUCAAGACAAAGUGGAUUUUAUUUAGAUAGUCUACAUUUCUGCAUGUGGAAUACGAAAACAUCUCGUUUUUUAAUUAGAAUCGGCGGCAUAACUCACCAUUUUAGGAAAUCUGGAAUCAUGAGUCAAUUAUAUUACGACCACGACUACAUCGACUUAGACGACUGAUUAGCUUUUUAUAUCUUUACGUAUUUUAGUUUGUUUUCUUACUUAUAUAGAAGUUAAAAACAAUUAUUUAUUUUCAGAAUGUUGAAUUCAGCGCUUUCUGUAUGUGCAGGCUACUCCUGACACGUCUUUCGGGUUGGCAAUGGACACGAAAGGUGAUGGCAAAACCAGCGAUCAAGAAAUAUUGUUUCUUCGACGGUAUGUUAAACCUUUUUAACAGCGUUGUUUACGCGCUAUUACGCAGGCGUAUUUUCCCUCUGAAAUGUGGCUUCCCCGCGACGGCAUGUUCUCUAGCGUGAUGUAGGCUGCACGGGAUACAGAAGUGACGAGCACGGGGGACCAGAGAUGCGACUGUCAAAGUGGUGGCAACCGAAGGAUUUGACUGAGAUCCUUGAGUAUGACUAACACGUUGCCAUAAAGCGAAGAAUGUCAGGGACACCAAAUGCGGAAGCAGAAGGAGUAGUCUCCAGAGUAAAAGUCAAGAAGGAGAUCAAGACAAUCGUGGAGAAUUUGGAGACCAUUCUCGGGGACCUUAAGGAUGUAGCGAAGGAACUCAAAGAGGUGGUGCAUGACAUUGACGCGCUCACCUGUGACCUACAACUGGAAGAGGACGGGCUAACGGACAGCUCCAAGACGGACACCCUCAACUCCAGCUCCAGCUCCACCACCACCACCACCACCGUGUCCAGCCUGGAGAGGCUGCGGAUGGGCCUGGAUGACUGCCUCUUCUUCAGGGUCCCCGCAGUCAUCGCGCCAGCGCCCGUUCACCCUGCACCGGUCCACACCGUGCAGAAGAAGGCCCCCCCGCCCCCUCCGCCUCCCAGGCACACGCCGCAGAGAUCGGAGGAGCACAACAUGAAGCUCCUGCCCCAUCCCACGCUGGUGCUAUCAGGGAACCACUCCAAAGCCAACGGCUCUCUGAGGAACGGCGGCGGCGGCGGCGGCGCGUUCUCCAUGCACCCGACCAGGGAGCUGUUCUCCCCGCCGCGCCACUGCGUCUCCAACGACAGCGGCUUGUCCGAGGCCGGGCUGGUGCCUACUCUGCCCAGACCCAUGCCCCUCCUCCGGCACCAGAAGAACAAGUGCCCGCAGACGUCGGGCCGGGAGCCGCGAGAGCGCGUCCGCUUCAGUGAGAAGGUGCAAUACCACGGCUACUGCCCGGACUGUGACCUGCAGUACGUGAUGGAUGACACCACCGACCGCCACUUCCAGGGCGAGCCCGGCAACGCCAGGCUCAGCCCGGUGCACUGCUGUGCCGCCACCUCCCCCCUCGACGGACACCCCGCCCUCCCUCGAGAACUCACGCUGGAAAACGGCGGCCUGCCGUUCAGCCACGGCUAUCCGCCCAUGGCAGACGGCCCUCUACUGUCGUUGCCCCCUCUCCAGCAUUCCCACAAGCAAACCAAGAAGACCAUCCUUCGUAAAUCGACCACAACCACGGUUUGACACGGAUCCCGUCUACCUUAAACAUUGUUGAAUCAUUCAUAGUGUUUUCUACUUUAUGGGGGCUUUCUACUGAAGCUGAACUGUGUGCGGAUUAUCCAAACGGAGAAAGUGAGUGAGGGAUGAAUCAGCCAGGAUCGGAGAAAGCGAGUAGAAUAGACAAAGGCUUUGCCGUGGGCUUGAAGAGGCAUACCCGCAGAGAGAAGACUGUGAAGAGCUUUCAACUGCUGCCGCAUACAGUUUCCAAGCUGAGGAACACAAAGAGGAGGAGAGAAGGAACGAGAUAACAAAAGAAGCAAAAGACCUUGGCAAGAAACGAAGAAGGAAGUUUUGUGAACUGGUCAGCUCCCAUGUCGAUUCAUAAACCGGGACAGGUAUUGGCUGGGCACAUCCAUCUCCUUCCUCUAUGUCUUUGGGUUCUCCAACCAUCAGAAGAGAAGAAGUGAAGAGCUCUCCUCGCCAUGGUAACCACGUCUGCUAAUCGUGGUUGGAUCAGAAAGGAAAAUAGUGGGCUAAGAAGUGUUAAACAGGAGAGGACGAGGAUGCAACCACAUGGUAAAAACAGAAACAUUAGUCGAGGCUCAUGGUGUUACAGGUGCACAUGAACACACCAUGUGCACGUUUUGUCAGGUGCAAUAAAGAUCAUUUUAUUGCAUUCAUGCAACAUUAUUUUUAUUAAAUGGCAACAGUUUGUGGUUCUGGAGGCCAUGUGCUUGCUCAAGCACAGAUUUUCUACAUUUUAAAUUUGUUUUUGUUUGGGAAAUAAGGUGUAUUUGUAUCUUAAAAUACCUUUUGUGAAGAAGAAAAAAAGGUAUCGCUCAAGUGUUAAUAAUGUUAUGAUAACAUCCACAGUUUGAGCAACGACUACAGCUGCUUCUGCUCUCUCUCCAGAAUACUCAUAUAUUAUUCCUCUCUGAGGAAGGCCCUGCCUGGCUGUGUGGGAAACAGGGUUCUUAUCUUAGCAUUUAUCAGGCCCAUCAGAAUUAUGUCAUUAUGUGUUGCUCCGCAGUCAACAUGAUGUGCAUUAUGAUGACUCGACGUCAGAAAAAAUAAUGGUUGGAAAGCAACGAUAAUGAUGAGGAUGGUGAUGACAACAAUGAUGAAGAUGAUGAAGAUGAAGAUGAGGCGAUGACGACGCAGUCCAGCAGACUAUGUUGAUAAAGCGUCUAAAUACUCACCUGGUGCCACGCAAGCUGUUUCACGACAACAUGGAGGGAUGUCUUGUUGCAGAAGCUACAGCUUUAGAUUAAUCCUUUUUACGAGGGGUAUUAAUUUGCAUCAAAUUUCCUUUGUAUAUAAAUAUAAAUGUACAUGUGUAUUCUAUAUUUCCAACGUUUUUAUGGAGACUUUAACAUUUAAAAAGAUAAUAUUUUUGAUAACGUGUUAAAUGGGAGGGGGGCUAGCGCAAUCUGAUUUAUCAUGAGGUACAUGAUUUUUAUUGCAGGGCAUAAACAGAAAUAUAUUGAAAGAGGUUAUCAUCAUUGUAUUAAAUAUUUUGAGAUAAGUCUUAU